AUGGAUCUUGUUGCCGGUGUUCGCAAAGAAGGCAGCCGUGGCGGCCGCGGCGAGUUUAAAUGGUCUGAUGUGAAGGACUCGGCACAUCGUGAGAAUUAUCUCGGCCAUUCUCUUAUGGCCCCCGUCGGUCGCUGGCAACAAGGUCGUGAUCUACAAUGGUAUACCAAGGGCGAGACAACCGCGGAAGAGCAGGCUCGACGAGAUCGUGAGGAGCUACAACGGGUCAAACAAGCGGAGGAGGAAGCCAUGGCACGAGCCUUGGGCCUACCCCUGCCAGUCUCGAGUGGGAGUGCCAAUGCAAACCUUACACCUCUAGGGGAAAGGGAGACGGAGACUGCGGUUCAGGAUCCAGCUGAUAGGAAGAGAGAACGGAGAAGCGAGCAGAGUCGGAGUCCAGGAAGGCACCGUAUACGGGAUCGCGAGAGCAACAGAGACAGAGACAGAGACCGCAGAGACCACAGACACCACAGACACCACAGGCAUCAUGAAGACCGCGAACGUCAUCAUCGAAACCACCGUCACCGAUCGAGAUCCCCGUCUGGUGAUCGUGAACACCGGAGGAGACGAUCGAGUUCGCGGUCCACAAGCAGAGUAAGGGCCGGGGAAGACGGUCACCGCAGACACAGAGAAGACCAUCGUCGAAGACAUCCAAGGGAUCAUGACUCCGAUCAUUAUCGACGCCGGUGA